AUGAAAUUACUAUCUUUACUUUCACUAGGUUUCCUUGCAUCAAAUGUCAUUGCUAAAAACAUUGCAGGUGUUCAAGGUUUCAAUUUUGAUAUAAGUAGAGGUGAUGAUUAUUUAUCAAGUCAUAAAGAUAAGAGAACAAGAUUUGUUAAAAGAGAUUCUCCAGAUGGUACUAUACAGACUACAUUAGAAAAUGAAAAAUCAUUUUAUUCAGUUAGUUUAUUAAUUGGUGAUCAUACUGAAAAUGUUACUGUACUUAUUGAUACUGGUUCUUCAGAUCUUUGGGUUACAGGUUCAAAUAAUCCAUAUUGUUCAAGUGGUGGAAGUUCUUCAAGUUCAUCAGGUUCAUCAAAUUCAAAUAAAUUUAGAAGUUUAGAUUUCCUUAAUGAAAAUGUUAAUGUAACUUUAGGUCAUCGUCGUCCAAUAGCUCAAAAAGAUAUUGGUGAAGGUGGUAAUGGAGGUGGUGGAUCACCAUUCCAAACUCAAUCAGCUUCUGCAUCAAAUUUAGCUUCUCAAACUCAAGUAGAUUCUUCACAAGCAACAAUAGAUUGUUCAGAAUAUGGUACAUUUGAUGUUGAAUCUUCUUCAACUUUUAAAUCAAAUAAUACAGAAUUUUAUAUUGUUUAUGGUGAUGGUUCAUUUGCUUAUGGUACUUGGGGUCAUGAUGAUGUUACUGUUGGUGGUACAAAAGUUUCAAGCUUAUCAUUUGCAGUUGCUAAUGAAACAAAUUCUACUGUGGGUGUUUUGGGGAUUGGUUUAGAAGGUUUAGAAACUACUUCAUCAGGUUCCUCAGCUUCGAGUGGCAAUUCUUAUACAUAUCCAAAUUUCCCUUCAAAAUUAGUUCAAGAUGGUUUAAUUAACAAGAGAGUUUAUUCAUUAUUUUUAGAUUCAAGUGAUGCUGACUCGGGUACUAUAUUAUUUGGUGGUGUUGAUCAUUCAAAAUAUUCAGGUACUCUUAUUACAGUUCCAUUAAUUAAUACAUUAGAAUCUAGAGGUUUUAGUGAAAUUUUAAAAUUAGAAAUUACCCUUUCAGGUAUUGGUUUAGAAAAUGAUGAUAAUCAAGAAACUAUUACAACAACUCAAAUCCCUGCAUUAUUAGAUUCAGGUACAACAUUAACUUAUAUGCCUUCAUCUGUUAUUAGUCAAAUUGCAAGUAAAUUAAAUGCAGAUUAUUCAAGAACCUCGGGUUAUUAUAUUACAAAAUGUUAUGGAUCAAAUGAUGGUUAUAUAGUUUAUGAUUUCCAAGGUAAAUUAAUUCGUGUUCCAUUACAAGAUAUUGUUUUACAAACUUCAUCAUCAAGUUCACAAUGUGUCCUAGGGUUAUUUGAUUCAGGUGAUGAUUCCAUAAUAUUAGGUGAUUCAUUUUUAAGAUCAGCAUAUGUUGUUUAUAAUUUAGAUGAUUUAGAAAUUUCAUUAGCACAAGCUGAAUAUACUGAUGAUUCAGAUAUUGAAGUUGUAUCUGAUUCAGUUCCAAGUGCUUCAAGAGCUGCUGCAUAUAGUUCAUCAUGGUCAUCACAAGCAAGUUUAAGUACUGGUGGUGAUAUUUUCACAAAUUCUGAUGAUUCACAAAUUGCAUCUUCUGGUAGUUCAGGUGGUUCACCAAGAAGUUCAAGAUCUAGUGGAUCAAAUUCAAGAUCUACUUCAACUUCUUCAAGUGGUUCAAGUUCAAGUGGAUCAUCAUCAAGCUCAAAUUCUGAUAAAUCAAGUGAUGCUUCAAUCUUGAUGAAUUCAUUAUGGAGUUUUGUUUCAGUUUCCAUGGUUUUAACAUUUGGUUUAAUUUGUCUAUGA